CAAUGUAGGAUAAGAGACAAGAAGUAGUUUUUCCACUCCUUUUUGUUAUGGUUGUUUAAAUACAUUUAGAAAUACUCUAAAUGAUUAUUUAAAUGUAUGAACAUAUAAACAUUUAAACAUUCAAAUUAUUUUUAUUAUGCCGCAAGAGUGUUUCCAAAUCUUUUACAAGUUAGGAAUCAAAUACUGAUAACAUUUUAAACCUGAUGCAAGGCUUUUCUAAAAUGUGGUUUAGUUCAGAAAGACGGAUUGAUCGGAGUUUCACUCAAUUAAGAAUUCAGAGUGAAGCUCGACAAUGAAACCGCAAAAUCAGAAACGUUCACACGAUUGAGUGUUUACCGAUUACUAAAUGAGCCCCGUGUUGUGCUUUAAGUCGGCUUCUUACAACACCUGGUUACCUGAAACAUGACCCACAUUUAACCUUUAAUCCAGAGGUUACACUGUGACCGCCAGAGGAACAAUGAAGCACUAAAGAAACAAAGAGCCCACGUUUCAGCCUGAGAUUGAAAAGAGACGACAACAUGACACCUGCUCUCAGGAAACCACAAGCAGCAGGUCCUGACCAACAACCGAGGAACCCUCAAAUCACUUUCUGAACCAGAAAAAAAGCAGGACGAGACUCAAAGGAAGAGAAAAAAGGAGACAUAAACUGGGACCAGACCAUCCACGGCUCAACCACUGCAGGACCACCAUGAUGGAGAGUGACAAAGAGCUGUCGGCCAUGGUGCAGGAGCUGUGGGACAAUGACACCAACAGACUCAAGCCUGGACAAGACUACAGGAUCUCUCUGCAGGGCAAAGCCGGAGACAGCAUGGCCUUCGACUACAAUGACGCAGCAGGGUAUCCUCUGUUUACGUUUGUCGACGAGAACAUUUUCAAAAAGGAGACUUUUUUAGCCUUUAUCUCUCUGUUGGAUAACUACGUGAGUGACACCGGCGAGCCAGAAAUUGUAACACCUGAGGAGGUGACAGAGAACCACAAAUUCCUGGACUCCAUCAUUCAGACUCCCACUAUGAAGUUAGCUCAUAAAUACCUGGUGGAGAAGCAACUCUCUCCGAAGGACGAUACACAAUUCAAGGAGCAGCUGUACAGGAUCUGGUUUGAACUUUACGCGAGGAGAGGAUCCAGCAGGCCCGACUCCUCUGGAUUCGAACACGUGUUUGUUGGAGAGACGAGAGGAGGGAGGACCGUCAUCGGCUUUCACAACUGGAUCCAGCUCUACCUGCAAGAGAAGCUGGGCCACAUUGAUUACAAAGGCUACAGCGUCAAUGCAAAUUCACCCCAGCCCGACGAGAACAAACACAUCCUGGCCCUUCAGUUCAGCUGGAAGGAAGGUAUAAAGCCAAAGGGCAGCAUCUUCAUCGGCGUCAGUCCCGAGUUUGAGUUCGCCCUCUACACCCUCUGUUUCCUCACCUCGCCCAACGAGCGCGUCAAAGUCCAGUUCAGUUUCUACGACGUGGAGAUUGUUUGCCACCACUACAACCAAAAGCACAUUGGUACCACUUACCCCGUGCUCCUUAAGUACCGGAAACCUACCUAGUAACUUGACUAGAAAUCAAUCUGAGAUAUAACUUCUCCAACACUUGAGCUUGCAUACAAAAUGUCACAGGUAUUGUUGUUGUCUUUUUAUUUGAGAUAAAGAUACAAUAAAACUUUACAAGACCAA